UCUCCCGCAGCACAGCGUCCAGCCCUCCAUUCAAGACCUCCAUACAACGAGUCGGAAGGGGCGCCGCGUGCUCGACGUUGCCAGAAUCACCCGAGAUCGCUUCCUUAAAGGCACUGUGGGCGCUGCAUUCAUCAAGCCAGCUUCGGAUCGCAGAGUAGUAGUCCUCGGCAGCCAGAUCAGAACCAAAACUGCGUCCUAGGACAUCGCGAUUAGCGGCGGCAGCACUGGCUUGACACACAUUAGCAUCGCUCUAUUUACAACACCAGUACGGAGGGUGCAAUUGCCUGGUUCUGCAGCCACGCUGCGAUAGUCCCGGCGCAAAGAGAUGGAUCCAGAGCUUCUGGUCGGCCACGUUUCGGAGCGUGGCAGUUUCCAGCGGCUCGACCAGGUGGCGCAUCAACAGGCCACAGAAACGACAUCCUGCUUCGGCGCCACGUGCGACAACCUCCACCUCCGCCUGGUAGCCGUCUUCCAGACAGAGGAGGAGGUUGGACUGCAGGCAGCGGCUGCACAGACCGGCCGGCAUGAUUUAGGAGGGAGGGAUGGGACAGAUGGCAGCUGGGCCGCGCUGCAGCACAGAAAAUGCAAGUCGAUCAUGAGUUCGACGGUAUCUCCGCUACGGGUGAGGCUUUACAGCAUCUGGUUAAUGAGUCUUCUGGCAAUUACCUUUGUCACGAGGGUCGUCAUGCUGAUGGUCCUCGGGUCGCUGUCAAACAACGGGCAGCUUGGCCUGCUGCGCGAGCGCCGAGCCGUUACGAGUCCGUUUAUCCACCUCGGCCUCAUGGCCUUGCUGUCCGCACUGUCCAUUCAUGUCAAGGACGCGUCUAGGGAUCUGCUGUGGUAUUUCUUUGUCUGGGUGGUGCCUAAGUAG